CCGUCGUCCCCACCCCGUCCCCGCCCGCCUGGAGCUGUCGGAGGUUGACAGGUCGUGGCUGGGAGGCGGCGGCGGCACCUCCGAGCACCCAAGACGGAGGCCCCAUGGGGAACGCUCCGAGUAACAGCAGCGAAGACGAAGCGGCGGCCGCCGGGGGUGAGAGCUGGAGCCCACAUCAGGACUGGGCUGCCGACUCUGGCACGACCCCCGGCCCCGGCCCUGCGGCCGCGGCGCUGCCGUCCGCCGCUGCACUGCUGGAGCCCGCCCGGCUGCGAGAGGCUGCGGCUGCGUUGAGGCCCGCACCCCCCUGCGAAUCUCUGGUGUCAAGGCACCACGGCGCGUUAUUGCGCUGGCUGGAAGAGCGGCUGGGCCGCGGUGAAGAGUCAGUCACCCUGGAGCAGUUCCGGGAGUUGCUGGAGGCUCGCGGCGCCGGCUGUUCGGGAGAGCAGUUCGAGGAGGCCUUUGCCCAGUUUGAUGCAGAGGGUGAUGGGACAGUUGAUGCUGAGAAUAUGUUGGAGGCCCUCAAGAACUCCAGUGGUGCCAAUCUGCAGGGGGAGCUGAGCCAUGUCAUCAGACAACUACAAGCCUGCUCUCUUGUUCCAGGUUUCAUCGACAUAUUUUCAGAGUCAAAGGAGGGCCUUGGCACUCACUCAUCAAUGAUAUUGCGCUUCCUGCAUCGCAAUCGGAUCUCUAGCAUGGUGAUUCCCUACCCAAUGUUAGACCACUGCAAUAACAUGUGCACCAUGCGAUCAUCAGUUCUGAAGGAGUCUCUGGAUCAGCUGGUACAAAAAGAAAAGGAAAGCCCUGGAGACCUAGCCAGAAGCCCAGAAAUGGAUAAACUCAAGUCGGUAACAAAGUGCUAUGCUUAUAUAGAAACAUCCUCCAACCCUGCAGACAUCUACAGGAUGACAAAUGGAGAAACAUCAUCCUACUGGCAGUCAGAUGGUAGUGCCCGCUCACACUGGAUACGUUUGAAGAUGAAGCCAGAUGUUGUGCUUAGGCAUCUGUCCAUUGCAGUGGCUGCCACUGACCAGAGCUACAUGCCACAGCAAGUGACAGUGGCUGUGGGAAGGACUGCCAGUGAUCUGCAGGAAGUACGAGAUGUGCACAUCCCCAGCAAUGUCACUGGCUAUGUAACACUGCUAGAAAAUGCCAACAUCAGUCAGCUCUAUGUCCAGAUAAACAUAAAGCGUUGUCUUAGUGAUGGGUGUGACACUAGGAUUCAUGGUCUGAGGGCUAUUGGCUUUCAGAGAGUUAAGAAAUCUGGAGUCUCAGUCUCCGACGCCUCUGCAAUAUGGUACUGGUCUCUGCUGACAUCUCUGGUGACAGCUUCUAUGGAGACAAAUCCUGCCUUUGUCCAGACAGUGCUGCACAAUACUCAGAAGGCCCUACAGCACAUGCCACCACUGUCCCUCUCACCAGGAUCUACAGACUUCUCAACUUUCCUGUCUCCCAAUGUUCUGGAAGAAGUGGACAGCUUCCUCCUAAGAAUAACUAGCUGCUGUUCUACUCCAGAGGUAGAACUGACUCUUCUGGCUUUUGCACUAGCAAGAGGAAGUAUUGCCAAAGUGAUGAGCUCUCUGUGCACCAUCACUGACCACUUGGACACACGCUAUGAUGCGUCAUCCCUCAUUUCAUCCAUGGCAUCUGUCAGGCAGAACCUGCUCCUGAAAUAUGGUAAACCUCUCCAGUUGACUCUUCAGGCUUGUGAUGUCAAAGGAAAAGAAGAUAAGUCAGGACCUGAAAACCUCCUUGUGGAGCCAUGGACAAGAGAUGGUUUUCUUACAGAGACUGGAAAGACCAGAGCAAGUACUAUUUUUUCUGCAGGAACUGAGUCUGCCUUCCAAGUUACACAGAUCAGAAUUAUGGUCCGCCGUGGUGGCAUCGGUGCUCAGUGUGGGCUGGUAUUUGCCUAUAACUCACCUUCUGCUAAGUUUCAUGCAGAAGAACACUUCAAACGGUUUGAAAAAUACGACAAAUGGAAGCUCCAGGAACUGAGGCAAUUCGUAAAAAGCAGGAUUGGUUGCUCAUCUGAUGACCUUGGAGAAGAUGAUCCCAUUGGCUGGUUUGAGCUGGAGGAAGAGUGGGAUGAAGCAGAUGUCAAGUUGCAACAGUGCAGAGUUGCCAAAUACUUGAUGGUGAAGUUCCUCUGCACCCGCCAGGAAUCAGCAGAGCGUUUGGGUGUGCAAGGCUUAAGCAUCAGUGGGUACCUCAGGCCUGCAAGGACAGAAGCUGAACAAAGCAUCCUCUGUGCCCACUGCAGAAAGGACACGGAGAAUAUCUAUGGGGCUACCUUGCUCCUCAGGACCCUGCAAUUCAUUCAGCAGCUCGCCCAUGACCUGGUGCAGCAGAAGGAAAGUGGCUUAAAAUAUAAGUCUUUUCUGGACUUCACAGGUCUUGAUUUGCAGAUCUUCUGGAAUUUUUACAGCAAAUUAAAGCAAAACCCAAGGGAAGAAUGCAUCUGUGCGCAGACUCUGCUGCUGCAGCUUCUGCAAAGCUGCUUCUCAGUGUUGCAGAGUGACCCAUCAGUUGCUUCUGAGGAGGAGAAGCCUGCAGCACAGUGCCCUGAAGGAAUGCAGGCUGCCCAGGAGCUCUACACACACCUAUGUGAUGUGGUAGAUAGAGCUGAUGGAGAUUCCAUGCCCAUGGAGAUCCUAAAACAAGAAGUCAGGAACACCCUGCUCAAUGGGGCUGCCAUCUUCUUUCCAGAUCGACAGACCCGGCGGAACCAACUCUUCACCAUGAUGAAGAAUGUUACUGAGCAUGAACACAAGCAGUCUCUGCAACUCACUUUCCGUUCACUCUGCACAUAUUUUAGUGAUAAGGAUCCAGGAGGUCUUCUGCUUCUGCCUGAGAAAAGUGACCUGGCCAACAUGAACACCAGUGAAGUCCUGGCGGUCAUGAACACCCUCCUUUCUGUCGCUGCUCGAGAGUGUGAGUUGUUGAUGCUCAGCCGGGCCCAUGGGGAAGUUGGCUCUGUGCUCUUCUCCCUGUUCUGGUCUGUGCAAGGCAGCCUGCUCUCCUGGUGCUUCCUGCAGCUCAAGAGUUCGGACACUGCUGCCAAAGAGCUUGCCAUGGAUCUUAUUGAAAAAUAUGUGGGACAGUUUCUGGCAAGCAUGAGAGUGAUUUUGGAAUCCCUUUUGUCACAGUAUAGUGGAAAGACCAUAGUAGAAAAAUUAUGUAAUUCGGUGUUUUCCAUGGCAGCUCGUCAACUGGUCAUCUUCCUGCUAGACUUCUGCACUUUAGAUGUUUCCCACUGCACACUCCUGAGAGAGUUCAGCACCCUCACAGAGCUGUUGAAGAAACUAUGCAGUGACCCUGAAGGAGGCCUGAGCAAGAUGGAUGUGGAUACCUGGCAGCAGGAACAGCCUGUGGUAUUGCAUACAUGGACUAAGGAAUCCACCCACAACUAUGAAAACAAUUGCCAUGAAGUAUCUGUCUUUGUUAGCCCAGGGGCAACUUAUUUUGAGGUAGAAUUUGAUGAGAGGUGUGAAACUGAAAAAAGGUAUGAUUAUCUGGAAUUUACUGACUCUAGAGGUGGAAAAACACGCUAUGACACCAAAGUUGGCACUUAUAAAUGGCCCAAGAAAGUGACCUUUAAGGAUGGUCCUCGGCUGCAGUUCCUCUUUCAUUCUGACAGCAGUAAUAAUGAGUGGGGCUACAAGUUCACUGUCACUGCGUAUGGCCUGCCUGAUGUUGCUGUGUCUUGGGGUUUGGACUUGCAACUCCUUGUCUCUCGACUGAUGGGGCGUCUUGCUUCCCAGUGCAUGGCACUCAAGUCAGCACAUCAAUUAGGCAGUAACAUGGUGGUAUCACAGGCAAAACUGGCUUCAGUCCUGAAUUCUCCGUUGUGGAAACCUGUCUUCCGGCAUCAGAUUUGUCCAGAGGUAGAAUUAGAAGCAAGCUGGCCCACUCACCCACACCAGGAUGGGAAGGAGGUCAAGAACAUCCCUGAUGAUCCCUGCCGCCAUUUUCUACUUGAUUUUGCCCAGUCAGAGCCUGCUCAGAACUUCUGUGGGCCAUAUUCAGAACUUUUCAAAGGAUUCAUACAGGCAUGUAGAAAACAGGCCCCAAAGACAGAUAUAGUUGCUGGUUCCACUAUUGAUCAAGCUGUGAACGCCACCUUUGCCGCUCUGGUGUAUCGCACUCCAGAUUUAUAUGAGAAGCUGCAAAAAUAUGUAAACAGCGGGGGCAAGAUAACCCUGAGUGAGGAGUUCUCUCAGGUGUAUUCCCUGGCAGAUGGGAUUCGAAUAUGGAUGUUAGAGAUGAAGCAGAAGUCUCUGGUGAGCCUGGGGAGCGAGGCAGAAGAAAAACGUGGUUUGGAAGCUGUAGAGGUGAAUCCAGAGAGCCUGGCAAAAGAAUGUAUUCAGAAAAGUCUCUUAUUACUGAAAUUUUUGCCCACAAGCAAAAAUUCAAAAGAAAACUGUGAUAAAUUGGUACCUGUUGAUGAACCUGAUCAUCUCCAGCCACUUGACAGACGUCAGAGGACAAGCUCUGUGGUGGAAGAGCAUUUCCAGGCUUCAGCAUCUCCUACAGAAGCAGCAACCCCAACUACAGGUGACAAGAGUCCUGGCUUGGAGAUCCAGCCAAAGCUACCACCCAGCAGUGGCCCCUCUGUUGCGGAAGUGUCCACAGCUGAAGAGCCCUCAUCACCAUCCACACCCACACGGCGGCCUCCCUUCACCCGAGGGCGACUUCGGCUGCUCUCUUUCAGAUCCAUGGAGGAGACCAGGCCAGUCCCCACAGUCAAAGAGAAAUACCCGGUGCUGAAGGAUGUCAUGGACUUCAUUAAAGAUCAGUCACUCUCACGAGAGAGUGUUGUGAAGGUUCUUUCUUUGAGGAAAGCCCAAGCACAGAGCAUCCUUGAAGUCCUGAGGAUAAUUCAGUAUUGUACAGAAUCCCUUGGGCAGCCUCACUGCUUCCAUCCACCGUAUAUACUUUUCCUACUGGAACUUCUCACCUGCCAGAAAGAUUUUACAAAUUACUUUGGACACUUGGAAGGCUGUGGUGCUGAUCUACACAAAGAAAUCCGAGACACCUACUAUCAACUUGUUCUGUUUUUGGUCAAAGCGAUCAAAGGAUUUAAUAGCAUAAAUGACAGGUCUCUGCUCCCUGCUUUAUCCUGUGUCCAGACAGCUCUGCUUCAUCUUUUGGAUAUGGGUUGGGAACCCAGUGAUCUUGCCUUCUUUGUUGACAUUCAGUUACCAGAUCUCCUCAUGAACAUGUCACAAGAAAAUAUCAGUGUCCAUGACAGUGUGAUCAGCCAGUGGAGUGAAGAAGAUGAGCUCGCUGAUGCCAAGCAGAACUCAGAGUGGAUGGAUGAGUGUCAGGAUGGCAUGUUUGAGGCCUGGUAUGAAAAAAUAGCUCAAGAGGAUCCAGAGAAGCAGAGGAAAAUGCACAUGUUUAUUGCUCGAUACUGUGACCUCUUAAAUGUGGACAUCUCCUGUGAUGGAUGUGAUGAGAUUGCCCCCUGGCAUCGCUACCGGUGUCUGCAGUGCAGCGACAUGGACCUCUGCAAGACUUGCUUUCUUGGUGGAGUGAAGCCUGAGGGCCAUGGAGAUGAUCAUGAAAUGGUCAACAUGGAGUUUACCUGUGACCACUGCCAGGGUUUAAUCAUAGGCCGGAGAAUGAACUGCAAUGUAUGUGAUGACUUUGAUCUUUGCUAUGGAUGCUAUGCAGCAAAGAAGUACUCCUAUGGUCAUUUGCCGACCCACAGCAUCACAGCCCAUCCAAUGGUGACCAUCCGGAUCAGUGACCGGCAGAGGCUCAUCCAGCCCUAUAUCCACAACUACUCCUGGCUGCUCUUUGCUGCCCUGGCUCUCUAUAGUGCUCACCUGACCAGCACAGAGCACAUGGAUGGGGAGCAGCUGGAACCCCAGGCCCGCAGAAAUGCUGCCACCCUGCGGAGCCAGUGCAUGCAACUGGUCGGGGACUGUCUGAUGAAGGCCCACCAGGGCAAAGGUCUUAAAGCUCUAGCUCUUCUCGGUGUAUUGCCAGAUGGUGACUCUACCUCAGAAAAUCAAGCCCUGCCAGUCACAGUGUCCAUCCAAACAUCAGGGGAGCAGCUAGAGAAGAAAACAGUUCAGCUUGCUGAGGAGCCAGCAGAUGCAGGCCUGUUUGUGACCUGCAAUGGAAAGAGAGCUGCAGAUAAAGAAGUCAGACCUUUGGAUUAUAAGCAGAGGAAAACGGCAGAUGAAGGACUCUCCUUAAUGAAGGACCCUUCAUGCCAGACCCAGACUUCAGAUGCACCUGCAAGUGCUCACGUGCCUCCAGGACCUCCAGAUGCUGAACAUCCAGAUGUGUCCUCUCAGACACCAGUAAAAGAGAAGGCAAUUACUCCAAACCCUGAGCAAGUGUUUGCAGAGUGUUCCCAGAAGAGGAUUUUAGGAUUGCUGGCAGCCAUGUUACCUCCCAUCCACUCGGGUCCCACAGUCCCCCUGAUAGACCUGGAGCACGUCCUCCCACUCAUGUUUCAGGUUGUCAUCUCCAAUGCAGGCCAUCUGAAUGAAACCUACCACCUCACCCUGGGUCUCCUGGGCCAGUUAAUUGUCCGUCUUUUGCCAGCAGAGGUAGACACUGCAGUCGUCAAGGUCCUUUCAGCCAAACACAACCUGUUUGCUACAGCAGACAAUGGCAUUGUACCAGAUGGUUGGAAGACUACCCACCUGCUCUUCAGCUUGGGAGCUGUGUGCCUGGACAGUCGAGUGGGCUUGGACUGGGCCUGCUCCAUGGCAGAGAUCCUUCGGUCACUCAACAAUGCCCCAUUGUGGCGAGACGUCAUUGCCACCUUCACAGACCACUGCAUCAAGCAGCUACCUUUCCAGCUGAAGCACACCAACAUCUUCACCUUGCUGGUGCUUGUCGGCUUCCCCCAGGUCCUCUGUGUGGGAACGCGCUGUGUUUAUAUGGAUAAUGCCAAUGAACCCCAUAAUGUGAUCAUCUUGAAGCACUUCACUGAGAAGAAUAGAGCUGUGAUUGUCGACGUCAAAACCAGGAAAAGGAAAACAGUGAAGGACUACCAACUGGUCCAGAAGGGAGGAGGACAAGAGUGUGGCACCUCUCAGGCCCAGCUGAGCCAGUACUCCCAACACUUUGCCUUUAUUGCCAGUCAUCUUCUGCAAACCAGCAUGGACAGCCAUUGUCCCGAGGCAGUGGAAGCAACCUGGGUCCUGUCCUUGGCCCUCAAAGGUUUAUAUAAAACACUAAAGGCUCACGGUUUUGAAGAGACCCAUGCCACCUUCCUCCAAACUGAUCUGCUGAAGCUGCUUGUCAAGAAGUGCAGCAAAGGGACUGGCUUCAGCAAGACCUGGCUCCUCCGAGACCUGGAGAUUCUGUCCAUCAUGCUGUAUUCCUCGAAAAAGGAGAUCAACACUCUGACUGAACAUGGAGACCUGGAGCUGGAUGAGAGAGGGGACCAAGAGGAAGAAGUAGACCGGCCAGUUAGUAGUCCUGGAGAACCAGAACAGAAAAAGCUGGACCCUCUGGAAAGCUUGGAUGAACCUACCAGAAUAUGCUUCCUGAUGGCUCAUGAUGCUCUCAAUGCCCCAUUGCACAUUCUCCGGGCCAUAUAUGAACUGCAGAUGAAAAAGACCGAUUCUUUCUUCCUGGAAGUUCAGAAAAGGUUUGAUGGGGAUGAGCUCACCACUGAUGAGAGGAUUCGCUCCCUGGCACAGAGGUGGCAGCCCAGUAGGAGUCUGAGACUGGAGGAACAGAGUGCCAAAGCUGUGGACACAGACAUGAUUAUCUUGCCAUGCUUGUCCCGGCCUGUGCCUUCUGACCAAGCCACUGCUGAAUCGAACCCCGUGACCCAGAAGCUGAUUCCCAGCACAGAGAGUGAGCUGCAGCAGAGCUAUGCCAAGCAGCGCCGCAGCAAGAGUGCUGCCCUCCUGCACAAGGAGCUGAACUGCAAGAGCAAGAGGGCUGUCCGGGACUUCCUCUUCCGUGUGAACGAGGCCACAGCAGUCCUAUAUGCUCGCCAUGUGCUCGCCUCCCUGCUGGCCGAGUGGCCAGGCCACGUGCCAGUGAGUGAGGACAUCCUAGAGCUCAGCGGUCCUGCACAUAUGACCUACAUUUUGGAUAUGUUCAUGCAGCUGGAAGAAAAGCAUCAGUGGGAGAAGAUCCUGCAGAAAGUGCUCCAGGGCUGCCGAGAGGGCAUGCUGGGGACCAUGGCCCUGGCUGCCUGUCAGUUCAUGGAGGAGCCAGGAAUGGAGGUGCAAGUGAGGGAGUCAAUACACCCGUAUAACAACAACACCAGCUUUGAGGACAAAGUUCACAUUCCUGGUGCAAUCUACCUCUCAAUCAAAUUUGAUCCUCAGUGCAACACAGAGGAAGGCUGUGAUGAAUUAGCUAUGUCCAGCAGUAGUGACUUUCAGCAGGACCGACACAACUUCAGCGGCUCCCAACAGAAGUGGAAAGAUUUUGAGCUUCCAGGAGAUACUCUGUAUUACCGAUUUACCUCUGACAUGAGCAACACUGAGUGGGGCUACCGAUUCACCGUGACAGCUGGACACCUGGGGCGUUUCCAGACAGGGUUUGAGAUCUUGAAGCAGAUGUUGUCCGAAGAAAGGGUUGUACCUCACCUCCCACUGGCCAAGAUCUGGGAAUGGCUGGUGGGUGUGGCUUGCCGCCAGACUGGUCAUCAACGACUGAAAGCCAUCCAUUUACUGCUAAGGAUUGUGCGAUGCUGCACCCACAGUGACCUCUGUGACCUUGCCCUGUUGAAGCCCCUGUGGCAGCUCUUUACCCACAUGGAGUAUGGCCUCUUUGAGGAUGUGACACAACCUGGCAUCCUCCUGCCCCUGCACCGCGCCCUCACUGAGCUCUUCUUUGUCACUGAGAACCGUGCCCAGGAGCUUGGCCUGCUGCAGGAAUACCUGCUGGCCUUAACCACUGAGGACCACCUUCUCCGAUGUGCAGCACAGGCUCUGCAAAACAUCGCUGCUAUCAGCCUGGCCAUCAACUACCCAAACAAGGCCACCCGCCUCUGGAAUGUUGAGUGUUAGCCUCAUUGUGGCUUGCAUGGACUCAGUACUCUACAGGGGUUUACAGCAGACCUCCAACCUUGCUCAGGAAACCCCUGCAUCUCUGCACCCAGCUCUCUGAGCCCACCCCCUGCUCCCAUUUGGAUGCCAAGCAGCUGCCUCAUCAAGUAGGCCCACUGUGCAGGCUCCACAUGUGCAAGAAAGCACAGCAGUCCUGAGGGGCUCAGAAAGGGCCAUCAAGAGGCCUUGGGAAAGUUACUCAGAGAGACCAGUCUCCUCCAGGGCUGUCCCAGGGGAGUCACAGCACUGAAGACCUAGAAGUGGUCUCUAGAAGGACUCUGUCUCCACUGAGUGGGAGCUGCCCAGGCUUGCCAUCAGGGGACGGCGCCAUCCGUGCAGCUGUGGCCCAGUUGGGAAAACAACCCACAACCAACAUGAGCGCCUCCCAGCCACCUUCAACUCCCAAGUUGUCUUCAUGCCACAGGUCAGCUGGCCAACUCCCCAGUGCCCUUGGGAACGGCCGACAGGCCCUGCUUGUCACCCUUGCAACAGCUCCCAGCACACAUGUCUGUGUUUCUGCACUUAUUUUAGUAUGUUUUGGUUUCCCCUUCAUGAUUCUAGAAGAGAACCACACUGGCUCCCUGAGAGAGCCCCUAGGGAAUGCCUAGGAACAAACUGGUGUGUGUGGAAGGGACAGAAGUGGAGGGACUCUCCAGCCACCUGCGGUGCCAGCAGUGCCCUCAGAGGAGCCCUUAUCCAGGAGUCAGGCCAUACCUGACUAUACUUGUGCUUCAAGGUCAUGGUGAUUGGCAUACCUACCACCUUAGGCCUCUGGCCUGGCUAUUUAGCAAUAACUACAUUAGUUCUAGUGAAUGCUUUGCAUUUUUCCAUGUAUGGCUUUAGCAUUGCCCUGAUGAUUUUUCUUUCCAGGACCACAAUGAGUGGGAAGCUGGGUUGGUGCCAGGCCAAGGACUUUCAGGAAGACAGAAUCCUGAGGCAACUUCUACUGAAGGGCAGGUGUCUGGGCCAGAGGCAUGUCCCAUCUCACAGGCCCAAUGCAAAAAAAAAAAAAAAAAAAAAAAAAAGGCUCCUCACAGCCAGGGCCACACUUGGCCAGCUUGUGUUGCUAUGGCCCAGUAUGCCUCUCGGCCUCUGAAGAACCUUCUGGGAGUGGGCAAGGGACUGGAUUAGAAAAGGCUGAGCCUGCAGGUCUGGGAGCACCUUCUGCAAAGGUGCUGUGCCUUGUGGCACCACUACCUGCCUGGCCCUUGAAUUAAGUUUUUUGAUGAACCCCAGCAUACAGGAAAAAUGGUCACAGAGCGGGAGGGGAUAGGUUGCAAAAACAUAGGAACAAAUAGAGUGGUGGCCCCUGGUCCACCACCCUGACAUCAAAGGAAUUGUAGUCCAGUUCCCAUGGUGCAGGACCUGGUGCCGGCCCAUAGGAACCUCUUUCUCAUCUUUUGCUCUUUGCCAAAGCACCUGGGCUUUGCAAGCUGCCUAAACCCCCCAGGGAAGGCCGCUGCAAGCUGCUCCCUCCAAGUAGGUGUCAGGUGAAGUCAGAACAGGUCUCAGUGUUUGAUGAAGAGCCUCAUGGUAGCUCAGAUCAGAUAGCUGUUAGGCGAUGUGGGGAGAGGAUGCUGACACACUCACACCCCUCCACACCUCAGAUUGACUGAGUAGAGGGAGCAGAUGGGCAGGGCAGGGCAGGGCUGGAGGCCUCCCUUAGGCCCUAGUGCUCCUCCCACCCUUCCAUCAGGAAGAGCAAUUGUAAAUAAACGCUGGACCCCAUAGCUUCUUUCCACUCACUGCUUGCUGUUUUCUCUCCCUGUACUUCAGUUUGUCCUUCACACACCACAGCUGCUCUCUGACAGGGCCCCUCCUGACCUGGCCACCUGCAGCCCACUGCCUCUGCUUCUCUAAGCCACUGGGUGGCACUGCUGAGCCAGGCCCAUCUCUCCUGACCCCAACCAGGGCAGGAGGUCCCAAAGGAGUUCCAUCAAGGCCAACGUCCCCUUGACCCUUCUUAGGAAGCCAGACUGCCUGGACUGAGACAAAGCUGGCGGGAAUAAGGGGUCGUGGAAACAUGUGCCUAAUCUACAAAGAAUUCUGUUCCAAAUCAUAUAUAUUGUACAGACACUGUUCUAAUGAGAGGAGUGACUUAUUUUCAUCAUCGUUUUUAAUUUGUUUUCUUACGGGUUUACGAUUUUGAAUUUUUAUUAUUUGGUUGAGAGAAAGAAUUUUGAUUAUAUCAGCUGAGUGAGUUCAGCCUGUAAAAAGAAUGUUUUAAGUUGUGGAUAAGAUAUGCAAAUGAAGAGAAAUAUAUUGUACAAAAUCUAUAUAUAAAAAAAAAGUACAAC